AUGCAAAGCACCCAACAGGUAGAAAGCCUUAACAGAAUUAUCAAAGAUAAAGUUAGUGCAAAAAUGAUACUCUUUAAUUUAGGCAAAUCUAUUCAAACUAAACUUGAAUGUGAAGUACAACAUCAAUGGUUAUCAGAAUAUAAAAAUGUACUACCUACUCGAGAACUUCUGACCAUUUCAACUCAUGAAUAUUUAGAAGAGUAUCUUGAAGACGAAUAUGAUACAUUACAAGCUUCACUCGAAACUAUUGUAAAUAUG